AUGAAAAAGAAAUCCGAUGAAAAGAGAGAACAAAUUAGCUCCGUGAAACGUCAACUCGUCGAGAAAUUGCACGCUCCGGCGAGAAGAAAUUUUCCGCGAAGGCGUGUCAUAGUCCGAGGGUACGAUCUGUGGCAGGCUGAUAUCGUUGAGAUGCGUCCGUACUCGAGUUUCAACAGAGGCUACCACUACAUACUCACCACCAUCGAUGUGUUGAGCAAGUACGCGUGGGCCGUUCCGCUCAAGAGCAAGAAUGGAAGCGAGACAGCUAACGCUAGACGGCUCGCUGAGAUCGUUCGAGAGAGCGAAAGAUGUCCGAAAAAUUUACAAACGAAUAUGGGGAAAGAAUUUUACAUUGCAGAUGUACAGAAUAUCAUGAAAAACCACAAUGUUAAUCACUAUUCCACGUAUUCGACGUUGAAAGCGUCAGUGGUCGAGCGGUUCAAUCGCGCGCUCAAAAACGACAUGUGGAAGAUGUUUACACUCAACGGCAAUUACAAGUGGGUCGACGAGCUGCCGCGUCUGGUGUCAGAUUACAGCGCGCGCAAGCAUCGCACCAUCGGCAUGCGAUCCUCGGACGUAACUUCUGCGAUCGCCGAAAAACUGUUGGACACAGUGUACAGUGCGAUAAAGAUAGCGGGUCCUGCAAAAUUCAAAGUAGAUGAUUCGGUGCAGCGUACCAAUCCCGUAACUUAUCUACUCGAGGACUAUCGUGGAAAAUCCGUCGCUGGAGCGUUCUACGAGCACGAGUUGCAUCGCGCUACUCAUCCGGACGUGUAUCUCGUGGAGAAAGUGUUGCGCAGGAAGGGCGACAAAGUGUACGUCAAGUGGCUGGGAUUCGAUGGAUCGUACAAUUCAUGGAUACACAAAAACAAUGUUAUUUGA